AUGACAAUUCUAAUCACAUCUUUUGUGAUUGCUCUUUUGCUAAAUCUGUUUGAGAGUGGAUUCUUCAAUGGUGUGGCUGCCAGACAAUUUGCUAGUGGAGAACAGAGCAAAACUCAACUGGAUUUGGGUUUUGCUGAUCGGCCACAACACUCAACUCCGAUCUUCUUUUCUCUUAUGAGAGAAAUGAGUUCUUCACUUCUUUAUCUGAUUUUCUCAACUCUCGUUUCCAUUUACGUGUUCCAGUUUCAAGCUCAAGCUGCUCCUGCUGCUCCGGUGAUUAAGCAAUUAUCUUCCAUACUCAAAUGGACAGCUAGGUCUUCUUCCAAAUCACCAUUAUCAGAUGGGAAUAUUCUUCAAUUUGAGGAUGGAUAUUUAGUAGAAACUGUAGUAGAAGGGAAUCAGCUAGGGGUUGUGCCUUAUUCCAUCAGAGUCUCGCAAGAUGGUGAACUGUUCGCUGUUGAUGCAGUCAAUAGCAACAUCGUUCGAAUCACUCCUCCAUUAUCUCAAUAUAGUAGGGCAAGAUUGAUUGCCGGAUCCUUCCAGGGUUACACAGGACACGUAGAUGGAAAACCAAAUGAUGCUCGUUUUGAUCAUCCAAAAGGUGUUACAAUGGACGAUAAAGGGAAUGUUUAUGUCGCUGAUACAUCUAAUCUUGCCAUUAGAAAGAUCGGUGAAGCAGGUGUGACAACAAUUGCUGGAGGAAAAUCAAAUGUAGCAGGAUACAGAGAUGGCCCAAGUGAAGAUGCACAGUUUUCAUCUGAUUUUGAUGUAAUUUACGUGAGACCAACAUGUUCAUUGCUUGUUAUUGAUCGAGGAAAUGCUGCUCUUAGACAAAUUUCUCUCAAUCAAGAAGAUUGUGAUUUGCACUCCACCUCUGUCUCUUCCACAGAUAUUGUUUUAGUAAUGGGUGCUAUAGCAAUUGGAUAUGUUGUAAGCAUGAUUCAACAAGGUUAUGGUUCAUCAUAUUUCUCAAAAGUGGAAAAGGUGGAGAGUGAUAGUAAGCCACUACAAAGCAAAGAGAAAACCUUAAAAAUCACAAAAAAUGUGGAAAGUGUGAGGGAAGAACAAGAAGCGGGGUGGCCGUCUUUCAGCCAGCUCAUCCUCGAUCUUUCCAAAUUAGCCCUCGAAGGCUUCACCAGCGUCUUUUCUUUCAACCCAUUUCAAGUCCCCAAAAAAGGGCUCACCCCAUUAAAAGAUUCCUUAAUCAUGCCCGAAGAUGAGCCCGGCCCGUUACUCCAAAAGCACAGAACUUCAGGCCCGGUUUCCGAAACCCAUCAGGCCCAUAAUCCAAAUGAGAAAUACUCAGAAACAAAGCCCGUUAAGGUUAGAUCAUCGAAAGAUCCUUUAAAGCAUCGGGCUUCAAAGAGGGAAGAAUACGCGGAGUUUUAUGGGUCGAGUGGUGGUGGUGUGGGCCCACAUGUUCGGUCAAAAAGUCAAAAGGAAAGGACGAAGCAUCGGGUUAGAGAUAAGGAUAAAGAUAAAGAUAAAGAUAAAGUUGUGUAUGGGGAGCACAAGAGUACGGUUGACUUGAAGCAACAACCGGUCAACUUUGAGGAGGGGAAGUUUAGUUAUAUGAGGAAUAAGUAUGGUGAUUCGUAUCGUUAUACUUAGAGAAGGUUUUGUGAAAUUGUAGUGUUGUAGACUUAUUAUAAUAUACAACUUGUUUUAUGGC